AUGGUUGAAGUAAAGAAUACGAAAAAAUCCACAGGCUACACAGAAUGGUUAUUAGCACAAAUUGAAGAAAUCGAAAAUGGAAAGUAUAAAGUUCAAGUAAUAAAUAGUUCACUUUUCGGCGCAAAGUUUAUUCGGUGUUCAAAUGAGAUAAGAAAAUAUAGUAGUACUGGUGACAACUUCCAGAUUAACGAAAUUGUUGAAAUAAAAAAUCGUAAUGAAUGGAUUUUAGGAAAAAUAAUAGGAAAAGAAAAGGGGCAAUAUAUUGUUCGCAUUCAAAGUGGAAUAAAAUUUAGGCGUUAUCCAAAUGAAGUAAGAAAGUGUGCCGAUAUUGCAAAUGAAAUGAAGCAUGAAAUUAGUGAUUUUUUAGAAGAAGCAUCAUCUUCUGAACCAAAAAGUUUGAAUCAGAAUAAAACUAUAUAUAACAAGCACGGGCAGAAUUUUGUAAACAACUUCCAGAUUAACGAAAUUGUUGAAUUAAGAAACUAUAAUGAAUGGAUUUUGGGGAAAAUAAUAGGAAAAGAAGAUGGAAAGUAUAUAAUUAGUGUUGUAAGUGGACACGCUUAUGGCAAAAUUUUUAGGCGUUAUUCGGAUGAUUUAAGAAAGUAUGAUUUAAAAGAAGCAUUGAAACAUUAUGAAAUUGGUGAAAUUGUUGAGAUAAAAAGCUUUGACCAACAAACAAAACAAACUAAUUGGAUUAAAGCAAAAAUAUUAGAAAUUAAUCAGGGAAAUAAUUGUAGUGUAGAAGUUGUGGAUAAAUGUAAAUUGAUUGGAGGUAUAAUUAAAAGAAAUAUUUAUAGUAUGAGGAAAUUUAAAAUUGAAAGUUUUCAAGUCGGUGAACAAGUUGAAGUAUGCAUUUAUCAUAAAAUUGAAGAUAAAACUGAAUGGGUAAAGUCUAAAAUAUUAGGAGAACGAAAUGGAAUGUAUAUUUUGGGGACUGGAACAAAUAUAUUGGAAGAAUAUCCAUGUAAUAUAAGAAAGAUUAAAUCGGGAUAA